CGCUUAUUUCAUUCCUCUUGCAAAAGUCGAAGCGCAGUCGUACACCUGCUAUGAAAGAGAGAGAAACACUACUCGUGCGAUAUUGCCGGAAUAAUUUUCUAAACGCGUGUUUUCAGCUUAUUUUCCCCUUAUAAAUAAAGAAAAAAAAAUAUACAUACACAAUUUUAAAACGUUACAGUUUUGUAAAAUCAAUAUCGAUCGUCCUCAAUUCACGGUCUUUUAUUGCUAUAUAUAUAUUAUAAAAAAUAGAAAAUAAAAAUACUCAUUUUAUUUCAAUAAGUGCAAUUUAUUAUGUGCUUUCGUUACAAAUGUGGAAAUAUAUAUUUUUUUCUAUUGUUAAAAAAUGUUUUUCUUCAUCAAGAAACAAAAAAAGGGAUUAAUAAUGGAUAUAUAAAGCUGAAAUGAAACUUGUAUAUAUCAAUCAAUCUAAUCAUUCAUAUAAUUUACUAAGACGCAAAUUCGAGUUUUACGAAAUUAAAAUUUUCUCAUCUUCCGUGCGAUGAUGAUGUUUUUCACGCUUCUUUGAUAUAUAUAUAUAAUGAUUCAAUAGAAUUGUUCAAGAAAACGACGAGUGAAAUUUUUAUUUAUACUCUCAUUUACAGAUUUAUAAUAUAAUAUAUAUUAAAGAAAAAAAUUCAGUGAACAAGAAAAAAAAAAAUUUUUUUUUUUCGAAAAGAUUGGCGCCACUGUGUUUUUAUAUAUUUUAUUGAUUAGUGACGCGCGGGGGUGUAUAUAGAAAGUAAAGAAAUUUUUCUCCCACUGUGUGUGCGCGAGGGAGAAGCAGUAUCCGCAAUAGGAGGGAUGAUGAUGGUAUUCGAGGACAAGUAGAGGAAUUCUCUCCUGGCGGCAAAAUAUAUAUAUACGCAUUCAGUCGAAAUUUUGCGGGGGUGGAUGGUGGAACGUUUCCGCGUGUAGAAAAUCGAUUUUGAAGCCACGCCACUGCAUCGUCGCGUCAAGUGCAAUGGCCUCCAAAUCAGGAAGGACCUAUUCUGUAAGAUCACCUCGUGUAGGUGGUCCACUUUCACAAUCGUUAGCAAUGAUUCCUCCAACGAUGCAUGGCCAUGAGUUCAAUCAACCACUGUCAAGGGUCGUUAUGGUUCGUAAAACUGACCAAAGAACUUUUAGCAAAGGUCGACGAAGUGGUGGUGAACCACUUUUAGAAACAGUGACAAGGGAAACUGUGGAAUUAUUUAAUGGUGGACGAGCCGAGAGAAAAUAUACUUCAGAAACACGUGAUAUUGUUACCCCCAAGUCAAAUAGUAUGCCUUCUCUCAACGUUAGCGGAUCGAAAAAGAAGGUUGUCGGUUUUGUUGACCAGUUGACACCUGAAAGAUCGAGAGCUGACUCGGUAAGAUCGAAAUCACCAUUGGCAGCCUCACCAGCAUCACCUGGACCAUUGUCUAAUUCGUUACACGGCAGUUUUCACAGCAGCCUCGGCAGCGAUGGAAUGUCAUGUAGCAGUGCAAGGUCUUCCUCAGCGUCUCCGGAUUCAGCGAGAUAUUCUUCCUCACAGAUUACAAAGACUGAAACACGUAAACCGUCUGUGCGUAGAUCGGGUGCUAGCAAGGAAUUUAUCAACCUUUGUCUUGAUACACAUAAUUUUUAUCGAGCCCGACAUGGAGUUCCACCCUUACGACUCAGUAAACAGCUUUGCAGAGCAAGUCAAGAAUGGGCCAAUGUUUUGGCAGCCAGGGGUCGAUUAGAACACAGACCCAAUAUAGAUUAUGGUGAAAAUCUUUAUUGUAUGUGGAGUUCGAAUCCAAAGACACUUGUUGGUGGUGAAGAGCCGGUGAAUGAAUGGUACGCUGAAGAAACGCAACAUCAGUAUAACAAGGAACCUACCACAUUGAAAACCGGUCAUUUUUCACAGGUGGUCUGGCGCGAUAGUACGGAACUUGGCGUUGGAAUGGCAAGAAAUCGCAAUGGAGAAGUCUAUGUUGUAUGCAAUUAUAAUCCAGCGGGUAAUUUUCUCGGUAGUUUCACGGAUAAUGUUCUAUCGCCAGCUGGAAGCUGUUCAGAAAAACGAAUCAUUCUCAUUGAUCAAAAACAACAAAUUGCAAUUGAUGAACAAUCAUGGCAACAAGAGGCACUACUUGUACAUAAUGAAUAUCGUCGAAGACAUCGAGUUUUGGAUUUAAGACUAAGUCCAGAACUUACAGCAGCUGCAAAAGCCUGGGCACACACGCUAUUAAAUACUAAUAAACUGAUUCCGCAGUCGACUUCACCUUAUGGAGAAAAUAUUUAUUCAAUGCAAUGUUCCGAUCCAAAAUUAAUUGUAUCGCCUAGAGAAGUUAUAUCAAAAUGGUAUUCGGAGAGGAAGGAGCACAAAUUUGGAAUUGAGCCAAAAGUCCUCAAUACUUGUCAUUUUACCCAAAUUAUUUGGAAAUCCACAAGCGAAAUGGGAAUAGCAAUGGCGAAAAAAGAUGGAACCUGUGUUGUGGUCGCUUGUUAUCAUCCAAGAGGUAAUAUUGUUGGCCAAUUUACCGAAAACGUCCUGAGACCUGUGAAAAAUCUCUAAUCAUCUUAAAAAGAUAAUACACAUAUAUAAAAUAUAAUAUAUAUAUAUAGAUAAUUAAUUAUUUAUUUCAAAUAUCAGAGACUUAUGAGCAUUUAAAGAUUUCAAUCUAACGACGUAGAAAAUUGAGUGAACAAAAAAGCACACUUGAUAUGAGACGCAUUUAAAAAAAAAAAAAAGUAUAAUAUUUUUAUACAAGGUGAUUUUUUUUACAUUAAGAAAACAAAAAAAAAAAAAAAAAAAAAAAAAAGAA